CACGGUUUCAAAAUGGCCGGUAUCAGCCGUGCCUGGCGACUCUCCGCAGUCAGUUUAGCUGCUGCAGGCGGAGCUUUUAAGAUAUCCCGAGAAAUCUCGAGCAAAACGAAAGAAACCACACCAGAAUCAAAUUUAGAGUUGGUCUUGGUUCAAAUGGCAUUUAGACAUGGCGCAAGAACUCCAGUCUUUCGUCCUCCUUGUGAAGAAUUAGAACUGGUAACUUGGACGGCCGAUCUUCUGGGAACACUUCCACACACAGAUGUGGCUUAUGAGCUUAAACAUGUGUCUGGAGGACCUUGUCCAGUAUCUGAAAGCAAAGAAAGAUUAUUGAAGAGACUUUUAAAGGUUUGAACUGCUUUAAUAUUUCUCAAAUUAAACCGGCGACCGGUCCAAUAAGAAUGCUUACGUUGCAUAAACGAAAAUGGCACUAUUUCGCGACUUUUCAACAGCGAUAAUUGAAAAACAGCUGAGUAUCAGUAUUUGGACUCCGGCUUUUCUUAUGUUACCGCUAUAUUAGAGUAUGCAUUAUUAAGUGUGCGAUACAGGUGUCACCGGUGGCUGUGUGAUCCACCUGUAACACGAGAGCCUCCCCCUCCCCCUCCCCCCAAACUUAAGUGCAAAAUUUCUGGAUCAAAUAAACCUCUCUCUCUCUUUCUUACAGCCCAAAAACUGUUGUUAUACAGUCAUCCCUCUCUAAAGCUGUUUCUCACUAGCGACAGAGUCGAAGUCAAAGUGGUAAGAGAAGUCAUAAGAGCGCUUAUGACCUAGUGAAAAUAAAAAAAUCAGAGUCAUAAGUGCAACGGAAUUGGAGUCAGAAGAAUCAGAACGUUUCCAUUUCUUCCGACUCCGCUUACGACUCUGUCACUUAUGUUCCACUUGUGAUCUAGUGAAAACCAGAUUGUCGGAGUUGGAAGCAGAAGCAGAAGGACAAACCAAUCACAAUGCAUGUUCCCAUGCUUUGUGAUUGGUUUAGUUCCUCUGCUUCUUCUUCCGACUCCAACAACCUGGUAAACUUUCACUAGGUCAUAAGCGGAAGGUAAGCAACGGAGUCGUAAGUGGAAUCAGAACACUGUUUUCACUAGAUCAUAAGCUCUACACCUCUGAUCACAACUCCGACUACGGCUCUCGCGCUAGUGAAAAUCAGCUUUAACACAGACACCUUUGGGACACAAAUGGCAUAAUCCUAAAUGUAAUCCCAACUGACUCUGUAAGAUUUGUUACAGUGUUUCUGUUUUUCUUCAGGGAGGAAUUCCAGCUGGACAGCUUACAAAAGUAGGACAACAACAAAUGUAUGAAUUAGGGAAAAAGCGAGGAAAACUGUAUGUGGAUAACCUGAAGUUUUUACAGGAAACCUACCAUCCUGAGGAGAUUUAGUAAGUUUUAAGAAUAACAUUGUGUAUUAUCACACUACUUAUUAACAAGUAAUAACUGAAAGUUACAGAGUGUAGGUAAAAACAAUUGAAGGUCAAAUGUACAUAAUUUUGCUCCAAUGCUAAACUUAAAUCUGAUGUUGGUCGUUUGCUGUAUAUUUUGUGGUUCAAUUUUAUCCUUGGUUUAAAUUUUAUUUCCUUUUGUUUUCGGGUAUGGUAUUGUAUGAUAAUGAGUUUAAAACAAAGGGAAAUAAAAUUUAAACCAUUAAGGAUAAAAUUGAACCACAACAUAUACGUGAAGCUUAGACUCUCUAUCAUCACUUUCAAACUCAAGUUUGAACAUUCCGUUAUUUUUUGAGGUGUGUUACAUUGGUAUGAGUGGACAGAAUUGAAUCACCCUGGCUUAAUAUAAAUUGAAGGGAAUUUUCUGUUCUGUAGAAGUUGAAGAACCACUGUAUUUCUCAGUAACAGUAACUUUUAACUUACUAUUUGAAUGUAUUUAUUUUUUAGUACUCGUACAUCAGAUUUUCAAAGGACGAUAGACUCAGCCAGAUGUGUUUUAGCAGGCAUGUUUGGAAAGGAACGGUUGAAAGGUUUGUUGUUUAACCAUUGAUUAUGCACUUAUUGCUGUUUAAUGUUAAAGAUGUGUCUGAUAAUUAAAUUUAAUGGAUAUGCUCUUAUUGGCCAACUAAUAUCAAUUACUCAUUGCUAAUAUGUGCAAAUAUCUCCAAGAUGACAAUAAUGUUACACUACUCCAGAGCAGUGCAGACAUGCACAUGUAGUGAUACAUCAGACAGUAUUGUUUCUUUAAAGAAAAACCAGCAGUUGCCUAAAUUUAAGGUUUUAAACUCCUCCAGGGUCUAGGCUAGAAUGCGUGUAAACUGAAACAACAUUUUGCCCUUUCAGUCACGAGUCGAAUUUCAUGUAUUUCCUUACCCUGAUAUAUAAAAAACGAAAUGUUCAACCAGUUACAUAAGCCCUUAACAUAAUGUGGUGAUGUACUUGUCCUUGUAAAAAAUUAUCAAUGGUGGGAUCACUGAAAAAUUUGUACAAGGGUGUGAUCGCAGACAUUCCAUCCCUCCAAACCUUAUCAAAGGUGCUAGAAAUGAAAGCCCAUAGUUUUAACUUGGACUAACAGCUUUGAAUGGGGGAGACUAGGUUGAUGGGCUUGUUUCUUUUCCAAGAUGUAUUAUUAUUAAUUAGCACAUUAAAGUUAAAACCAAGGAUGUUUUUUGGGAGCUUUUGUCCAGCAAUUUUGCAACUGUUUAGGCUGCCCAAGGCAUUAAAUAACACAGUUUUGCUCAAUAUUCUGAUAGUCCUCCAAGCACUUGUGGCCUGCAGUAAGCCUCAUUAAAUCUUCCUGUUGAUCUACAUGUAUUUCCAGUACAACAACAACAACUUUAUUGCACAUGAAAAAGUUUACAAGUAAGAAAUUAAAGUAAACUUAAAAUGAAAAAGGAAACAUUUCACCCAACCUGCAGUUUGCUAAGCUAAUUUGAGGAAGAGGUGGAGUGGACAUAAAAGACAAAACAAGAAAAAUUAGGCAUAAUAAUAAUUUUACAAAGGGAACAAAAUUUGAUACCCUCGACUAAGAAUAGUUAAAUUUAUUAUAUACAAUACAUCUGUUUUGAAGAGCCUGGGUAUUGUUAUUGCAGUUAAUGUAUUUAUUUACCCAAAACUGAGGAAGAUCUGGGGGUUGAUUUGUUUCAGAAUUAACAAUGUACACAGAACAUGAAGAAAAAGAGUUCUUGUACCCAAAUGUAUCUCACUGUAAAGCUUUGAAAAACUGCUGGAAGUAUUUUCAGCAUGCCAAAGGCUUGGACCACAUAAAGGGAUUUGAUGAUAGGCAGGAAAAGCUUGAACAGGCUUUGAAUAUGAACGGAGACAAUAAAUUAUCUUCAAUUCACCUAAAGGAUAUUGUGUCUGCAAUGAUGGUAAGUGCAUACACGAUGUUAAUUUUGACCUUAAUUCAAUUAGGAUUUUUCUGCAUAUCAUAUAUUUAGCUUUUAUUGUAAUUUUUUCGCGUCAGUUCUUCGUUUAGCUGCGCUUGGUCCGGUUUACAGUUUAAUGUUUGGGUUUUGCUCGUCCUAGUUUUUCGUCCUUAUCUCGCUAUCGUCUUGUAAGUAUCUCGUUUGUUUCAUUCGCAUUUCUAGAUUGCCUUAUUGCUUUCGUUCAGUUUGUAGGUUGUUUUAUCUUGACUUUGUAUUUGUUUAAUUGUUAUUUUUCAGUACCGCUAUACUUCGCUGUACUUCGUUAUACUUCACAUCGGUUCACUUGUUUCCCUGCACCAGUUGUAGAAGUUCUAGAAUAAAGUUUGUGUGUUAAAAACUUUAGCGCGUAAAGGCUGCGACUAUAGACGCCAAGAUAGGCUUACAGUAUACUUAAUUUUUUUUAUUUUUCUCUUUAUUUUUACUCCACAAUUUGUACCUUGCUCUGAAAGCUUCCUUUUAAUACGCUGGAUACAUAAUGUUAGGUCUUCGAUCUUAUCAUUAACCCCUGUGUAAUUAUUUGUCAGUUACUCAUACUGAGAAAGUCUGAUUGCCUGAAAGUAAAUCAAGUUAAACUCAAAUACAUUUUUUCAAUUUGCAGGCUCAUAACAUGGAAGUUCCAAAAAAUAUUCUUCAAAACUUAAAUUUAAUAGAAGAACAAGCUCUGCAGCUAUUUCUCUCACUGCAGUAUGGAGUUAAUUCAGGAAAUAGGUGAGUAAUGUUACCUGCUAUAAACUUCACUUAGCUACACUCUACAAGGGUUUUUGUGAACUGCUCGUGGUAAUGUCAUCAGACUGUCCCCUGGACAGGAGAUACUCUCUAAAAUAGCCUAUAAGGGGAGGCUCCCCAGGGGGGGUACUCGGGAUCUCAAGUGACGGGGAUGAUCGAAUGGACCAGAAAGUCAAGACCCAAAAAAAUCCCUAGGGCUUCCAGCAAAACCCAAAAAAAUCCCUGGACCAAAAAUUAACCCCCAAAAAAUCCCAUGCCUAACACGUGCGAUAUAAAGCGACACCAUAGUUAACUAUUAAACAACAGCAAAAUACGUUUGUUUGUACUUUAUUAGCAGAACUACGCAGCCAGGGCACUACCGAUUCUUUUUAAUACCCCCAAAAAAUCCCUACUCGAAUCAAGCUACCCCAAAAAAUCCCGGAAUCGAAAAUUUCAAACCCAAAAAAUCCUUUGAUCAUCCCCGUCACUUGAAAUCCUGAGUACCCCCCCUGGGGGAGGCUCUGCCUGAAAGGGGUACCUUUUCAGGCCUCAGGUAUAUGAAAGGAUUGGAAUUUCACGAUUUGAAGGAUUAAAGAAGGUAGGGAAAUUUGUCAUUCCAUCUUUAUAAAGACCUAAAAUUGCUAUUCUGGAAAAAAUUUAUGGCUGUAAAAAAGUCGGGAAAAUUUCCUGGUUUUGUAAUUUUUUCAUAUUUCAAGAUGGUGCAUUUACAGAAGUUAAAAGGGUUGCAAUAUUCUAAACUGGAUAUGUGAGAGGGGUACCAUUUGUCAAUGGAAGGUAUACAAAAGGAAAACCUUUUGUUGUAAAAAUGGUAUAUAAAAGGGUAAGGCUGGUUGGACCUCGAGGCAGAGCCUCCCUGUGUGAAACAUUGUUGAGUACCCCCCAGGGAAUCUAUCUUUCCCUAAUUAUGAGGCAAUUGUGCCUUGUGAGCAGAAGCUAUAUUUUUGCAGUGUGAGCUUGUGUGCGAAAAGUAGCCUCUGCCAACAACCGUUCAAAUCUGUCCAGAAAUCUGGACAAAUAAAUUUUAAAAACAAGGUUUUUUUCCUGUCCUUAACCGGUUUAGAGCAUUGAGUGAGUCUUGUGUGGCAGAUCAGAGUUGUCGUGGCAGUUGUCGCAACUUUUUUAUUCCCAGGAAACUCCCACCAUUUGCCUGUGACGACAGACCAGACGAUUAAUUUUUGCUUGCGAAUUGGGUGAUGAAUUUUGCACAUGCAUGAUAGAAAAUUGAACUGUUGUUGGCAGAGGCUACUUUUCGCAUGACAGUUCACACAGCAAAAAUGCAGCCUCUGCUCACAGGGUGAGGAAAUUUCUGCCUAGAGAGGCUAACAAUAACUAUAGUAGAUAAAAUCUGAAAGUAUGAAAGAGCAUUCUGAAGGAAAUAGCUCUGUGAAAGUAAAGAUAAUUUUUGCAAGGUUUUUGUUACAUUCAAACCUAUUUUACAUGUAAGUGGCCAACCUGUAUUCAGCAACCAGUUGUUAGAUCAGUGCAAAAAAAGUUGCCAAUAAAUCAAUGUUGGCGGAGAACCUCUAUUAAACAGCCACCUCUAUCAGUUAAGUGGCCCUCACUGGCAAUCUACGCACCAUCCCAAAAAGUUAUUUUGUAUUGUCUCAUACCUCUAUUAAAUGGCCAGAAAGAACUAAAGUUGAGUUACCCUGCAAGCUAAAAGCAGUGGUUUCUCCAGGACGGACGCUACGCUACGCUACGCUACGAGUGUCCGGCCUGGAGAAACCACUGCCCACAGGGUAAAGUUAAGUUAGACUGUAUCAAAUGAUGCACAUUAUAAAUGUGACAAUUUUGUGAGUAGGGCAUUAGAAACUAAGCAGAAAAAGGAAUACAGUAGAUUGAAGGGGUGAUGAGACCCCUGAAGCCUUUCAAGAGAAGUUCAAGCCUUGAGACACAUCAGGAAUGUUUCUGAGAUUUUGAGUGCAGAUCCACCUAUUUUCAGACAGUAUUUACCAGCACUAGCCCUAAGAGAAUACAAUCAAACCUUGCUUUAUGGACACCCACUUAAUAUGGACACCUCAUUUAUUACUGACCGGACAGUUUGCUUUAUCCCUGGAGAAAAAGCCCUUAUAUUUUCUUUAGAUUGAACCUGCUUAAUACAAACACCCCGUAAAUAUGGACUUUUUCUAUGUGUCCGCUUUAACAGGGUUUGACUGUAAUAAAAACAUUUCAAUGACUGAAAACUGCAAACAGUUGUAGUUUCCCAAACACAUUUGUAUAAUUUCUUUCCUGUAAUAUAGUGGAUGUCUUUUGAAUUGUUUACCCCAUGGAAAUGAAUCUUCCACAUGUGGAUGAAACUACAACAACUUAACACCUCGCAAAAUUCUACAGUGUAGCUUUAAUUGUCUUUCAUUUUGUCAAUUUUAUUUAUUAUAGUAAGAAGAUUCUUUCACUUGGUAUCGGAUUGUUUUUAGAACACAUAAUGGACAACUUUAUCAAGAAAAUUGAUGGCAAACAGUAAGUGCAUGCAUCUAAUAAAAGUGUUUCAUGUGAUGGUAUGUAAAAUUAACCCUAAAGCCCCCAAAAGCAAUUAGAUUCACAUUUUCUUGAAAGAUAAGAUAUUCAAAUAUCCUAAGAUUUCAAAGAUUCACACAGUCUUCAAAAGUACUCGAAUUCCAUUUUUCCAAGGAAUCUUUUUUUCCAGAUUCCAAAGCCCAGGAUUCCUGAUUUUACAAGCAAAAACUCCUAGCAGUAUUCAAGAUUCCUUGAACUAAAUUCUGUAUUCCAAAGUCCAGGAUUUCGGAUUCCACAGGCAAAAAUUGCCUAGAUCCCGGAAUACGGUGUACCUUGCAUGUGUGAAACAUAUUUUACUAUAUAUUGCUAUUACUGGGGCAAAGGAUAUUGUUUGUUGUAGUAAGGAAUGAGAUUUGUUGCAUCAAGGUUCCACUACAGCCGCCUGCUAUAAUAUAAAUCUUUGACCAGUUUGACUAGCUUUCAGAAACUGUUAACUUCUAGCUCGAAAACAGCAUUCAUGGAAAACAGGCCCUACUUAAAGAUAAAUUUUAUUUUAUUUAUUUAUUUGUUUAUUUCAACAUUCGUUAUUGUGAGUGCUAUUACUGUUAAUUCAGUAGUUUGUAAUAUUUUAUGAUUUCAAAGUAUAUAUGUACUUAGCUAUAUUUGUAUAUUAGCCUGAUGUUUUACUGUGUAUAAAUAAAAGUGAUGGUGAUGAUGAUGAUGAUGAUGAUGAUGAUAAUGGUGAUGAUGAUGAAAGUGCUCAAUCUUGAUGAUCUUCGGGAAAAGGGGGAACUUCAACCCAUGUAAGAGAAUCUAAGACAGUCUAAGAUCCUGGGCUGAGUUGUUAAAAGCUGGGUUAAGAUAACCCAGGGUUAGUGCGAGAUUUGAAUACAGAUUUGAAAGCUUAACAAGCAUUUCAGUUUGAAUUCUUUUUGUCUACAAGUUGAUGAUUGGAAGCUCUAAAAAUAACAGAGAAAAUUAUCCGAGAAAAUGCUUUUGAAUACAAGAAAAAGAAACCCAGGUUAAAUUUAACCACGGUUUAAGCGCUAAUCGGGCCCUGGGCCGAGUUGUUCAAAGCUGGGUUAAGGUAACCCAGGGUUAGUGCGAGAUUUGAUUUCAGAUUUGAAAGCUUAAAAAGCAUUUCAGUUUUAAUUCUUUUUGUCUACAUUUGAUGAUUGAAAGGUCUAAAUAUAACAAAGAAAAUUUUCCGAGAAAAUACUUUUUAACACAAGUUAGAGAAACCAGGGUUAAAUUUAAUCCCGGGUUAAGCGUUAAUCGGCCUUCGAACAACUGGGCACUGGAUUCCACGCUGUGGAUUCGGGAUUCCAGGUAAUGGAUUCUAGUCUUUUUAAGUAGAACUUGGAUUCCAGAUUCUAAUCGUUAGUCAGUGGAAUUAUUCUGGAUUCCUUGAGCUGUAUUCCGGAUUCCACAAGGAAAAAAUUUCCCAGAUCUCUCUGAUUUAUUCCCUUGCAUGGAGCGAGGGACUGUGUACAGUCUAAUUCAGUGUGUAAUGGUUUAAUAGUUAACAAUAGGGUGGAUUGAAUAUGCCCAGUGCCAAUGCAAUUCCAUUCACCAGGGUUAUUGAUAAUUUAUGGUGUUUGUCUUCAACAGCAAUUACAAAAUGAUGCUGUAUUCAGCGCAUGACGUCACUCUAGCACCAAUAUUGAUGUUACUUGGUGUGCUUGAUGACAAAUGGCCCGACUUUGCUGCUGAUAUUGCAUUUGAGCUCUACAGGGAUAAGGUAUACACAGGUUAUCUGUCAAAUUUAUGGAAAUUAUCAGAAUAUUUUCAGUUGAUUAUCUAGAGUCAUUUACAAGCUUGAAAAAGUUCCGAAAUUGAGCAGAAACGUAGAAGCAACAUUAAGCGCAAAUAAGACAUAAUCAAUCAGUCAAUCAGUCAAUCAAUCAGUCAAUCAUUCUCAAGAUAUAUCUUUUAAAGAACUUUUUAUCCCUGCUGCAUUUUAUUUUUAUUUCCGCAGAAAUUUGUUGCAGUUUUUAAGUUAGAUAAAGCUUUCCCGCCAAAUUUAACAACUUAAUUACUUAAACUAAUAGAUAUAUUAAAAAUAUAUAUUUGUUUUGUUGAAUAUUUUAGGAUCGCCAGUACUAUAUAAGAGUUUUAUACAAAGGCGAGGUAAGUUUCAUCUCAUCCAACGCUGUUGCAAUUUAAGAAAUGAAAAAGUAAUGAUGAAACUUAGACCAAUUCAUGGGGUACAGCUUGUCUCGAUUGAUGCCCCCUCCCAUCAAAGGCGUGGACGGGAGUGUGGUAGGAUUAGGGUUUACCGUCGUCAUCGAGGACGACUACGAGUACGAGAUAAUGCGCGCGCGUGUUUCAGCGUUGGCGGGAAAACGUGACAGCCGUUGUCAUUCUACUAGGAGUUUUGGCGGGAAUGUCUUAGUUUUGCGGAAACAAGCGAUCAAACCUCAUCAAAUGUUAGAAGUUUCGUCAUAUUUUUUCAAUGAUAAUAACAGUGCCACCUUUUUUGGUGAAAAAAAAAAUUACAGUGAAGCUUUCAGGGGUGUCUAUUUUUUGGGAAUACGCGAAUAAAGCUUUCAGUUAAAUCUCGUCCUCGAAUCUAAAGUUCUCUAGUCUCCCACACAGUUCAAGCAGCCGUUCCUUGUCUCGUCACGUAGCAAUCGCUGCGUGACAAGUCCAAGAAUGGGUGCAUGAGAGACUGCGUAAAGAUCUAGGAAGGCGCAAAAGCAAGUAUUUAUUCUGGCCAAUCGCAACGGAGGCAGGCAAUCAAAUGAACCUAUCAAAAUGCGAAGGUACCCCAGGCGCGGGAGCGCGAGAAAACGCGCGUAUGCGAAGUUCUGUAAGCCAAUUAGUCUUUUUAAGUAGAACUUGGAUUCCAGAUUCUAAUCGUUAGUCAGUGGAAUUAUUCUGGAUUCCUUGAGCUGUAUUCCGGAUUCCACAAGGAAAAAAUUUCCCAGAUCUCUCGGAUUUAUUCCCUUGCAUGGAGCGAGGGACUGUGUACAGUCUAAUUCAGUGUGUAAUAGUUUAAUAGUUAACAAUAGGGUGGAUUGAAUAUGCCCAGUGCCAAUGCAAUUCCAUUCACCAGGGUUCUUGAUAAUUUAUGGUGUUUGUCUUCAACAGCAAUUACAAAAUGAUGCUGUAUUCAGCGCAUGACGUCACUCUAGCACCAAUAUUGAUGUUGCUUGGUGUGCUUGAUGACAAAUGGCCCGACUUUGCUGCGGAUAUUGCAUUUGAGCUCUACAGGGAUAAGGUAUACACAGGUUAUCUGUCAAAUUUAUGGAAAUUAUCAGAAUAUUUUCAGUUGAUUAUCUAAAGUCAUUUACAAGCUUGAAAAAGUUCUGAAAUUGAGCAGAAACGUAGAAGCAACAUUAAGCUCAUAUAAGACAUAAUCAAUCAAUCAAUCAGUCAAUCAUUCUCAAGACAUAUCUUUUAAAGGAACUUUUUAUCCCUGCUGCAUUUUAUUUUUAUUUCCGCAGAAAUAUUUAAUUUGUUGUAGUUUUUAAGUUAGAUAAAGCUUUCCCGCCAAAUUUAACAACUUAAUUACUUAAACUAAUAGAUAUAUUGAAAAUAUAUAUUUGUUUUGUUGAAUAUUUUAGGAUCACCAGUACUAUAUAAGAGUUUUAUACAAAGGCGAGGUAAGUUUCAUCUCAUCCAACGGUGUUGCAAUUUAAGAAAUGAAAAAGUAAUGAUGAAACUUAAACCAAUUCAUGGGGUACAGCUUGUCUCGAUUGAUGCCCCCUCCCAUCAAAGGCGUGGACGGGAGUGUGGUAGGAUUAGGGUUUACCGUCGUCAUCGAGGACGACUACGAGUACCAGAUAAUGCGCGCGCGUGUUUCAGCGUCAUUAGGGACUUUAAGAUCCAACGACGCGGACGACAACGAGAACGUAAAAAGAACAAUAGGUUUAAUUAGCAAAACAACAACUUCGCACGUGCAUCACACUUUUUUGUACGUUUCGUCCCCGUUUUUGCACGACUACGACGUGAAAAUGCCUAAUUUCGGAUUUUAUGGAGAAAGUAAACAACCAACGACGAAAUUUUAUUUCUCUUUUUGAGCUUGAAUAUGGUCCCUUGAAAUUCAACUCCAGGAGGGUUCGCCUACAAUUGACAAAGUAAGUGGGUAGGAAUAAUCGCUAUAAAGUCCUAUAAAGACUGAAAGAACGCAAAUUCACUUUUUAAGCGACGUUCUUGUCGCCGUCGCGUCGUUGGAUCUUAAAGUCUCUAUUUUGGCGGGAAAACGUGACAGCCGUUGUCAUUCUGCUAGGAGUUUUGGCGGGAAUGUCUUAGUUUUGCGGAAACAAGCGAUCAAACCUCAUCAAAUGUUAGAAGUUUCGUCAUAUUUUUUCAAUAAUAAUAACAGUGCCACCUUUUUUGGUGAAAAAAAAAAUUACAGUGAAGCUUUCAGGGGUGUCUAUUUUUUGGGAAUACGCGAAUAAAGCUUUCAGUUAAAUCUCGUCCUCGAAUCUAAAGUUCUCUAAUCUCCCACACAGUUUCAAGCAGCCGUUCCUUGUCUCGUCACGUAGCAAUCGUUGCGUGACAAGUCCAAGAAUGGGUGCAUGAGAGACUGCGUAAAGAUCUAGGAAGGCGCAAAAGCUUCACCGGCGAAAAAUGUCUGCGCAUGCUCUACUAAAAAUGACACGUGAUCUAUUUCGCGCAAUGUCAUUGGCUCUGAGGCAAAAAUGCCGGUUGAGAUGAAAAAAACAAUGGCUGUUUUUUUGACAGUGAUAGCGUUGUGGUUUUCUUGCCAUAGUAAGAGAUCAAAAAACAUUUUGGUGAAAGUUUUGAGUGGAAUGUUUUCUCUAGAAAAUGUAGCGCCUUGGAAACGGCGGACAAACCCAGUGGUGGGUAUUUGUCGGAGAUAUUGGCUUUGCAAUCGCCGGCAUGGGUGCGAAAGGCAUGCCAAAAAGGUGGGUAAUUUUGACUUUCUAUGCUUACUGUUAGUUUCGUGCACAUCGGUACAACAGGAAAUUGUAAAGAAGUGAAAGAAAAAUUAUUGGGCUUUGUUAUGUAUAUAAAUUAGCUUGUACCGCUGUGCACGGAAGCGGCAGUUGUGUUAAACGUGUGGACCGUUUUCGUACCAAAUAUCGACUUGCAUCUUUGAAGUUCAGGGACCCUCUGGAGGUCUAGUUCAGUGUAUCCUCAAACAUUCGAAUUUUUAUUUAUUAAGCUUCGCUGGCAUUUUAUGCUCAGGUUAAAGUUUCUCGCCCCACAGUCCAACACAAGAGAAAAUUGAAAGGUACAGCUGGUGGAGGGCCGUUUGAGCAACAGAAUAAUAAUCAUUAUAAUUAUAAUUAAUAGGAAGACCGCUAAAUCUAAAUCAGCGCGUUUUCUCUUUAGAAUGUGUGUCAAAUGGGACACGAUUUUGAUCGAUCGAAAGUGAAAAAAAUAGUAUUUUCCCUAGAGACCGUACAUGCAUUAUGCGUGCACAAAGUUGUUUUUUUAACUGAGAACAAAAAUGGCCCUAUCAUGUUUGGCACCUUAUAUUACAAUUUAAACUAUUUCCUGAACGUUUGCUGGAAGUUAUUCUGUACUUGUACUUAGACAUCUUUUUUAAUCAGCCAUGGCAUUAAUGUUUUCAGGUGGAUUGUUCCAUAAUAAUUUGCCCCUCUGUAUUUCACUGAGAAUUCUUUGGCUGUUAAUCUAUGUAUACGUGUAUGUUGUGCACAGUUAAUUUUGUAUCUCAGCAUAAAUAUUAUUUUUUCUUUUAUUUUUAGCAUACAUUGCCAUACACAAAAAGAACAGAAAAUUAUAAAUUAACUGCAAUAAAAAAUUGACUACAAUAUUAGAAUAAAAUUUUAUAUUAGAUGCUGAUCAGGUAUAUUUGUGAUAAUUAUGUAAAGUCUUUUUUUGUGAAAUAAUCUUGAAAAAUAGCAGGUAAUGUUCCAAAGAAGGAUAAAAGUGUAAUGAGAUCUACAUGUAAUGAUUGAAUAAAAAUGUUUUGGCUUUUCAUAAACUGAGAAUUGUCUAAAAUAAAAAGGCAGAGCUGUCAUUAGGGGCCGUAACCCAUAACACCUGUUACAGCUGAGCUCACUUGAUGUUACAGGUGAUCAAAGUGGAAAGCUGAAGGUGGUAAUUUAAAUUUUUGGGACCUGUAUUGGGUGAAUCUUCAUUUGCUAUGGCUGUUUCAAAACGUAAUGACAGCCCUGAAAAGGGAUGGUUAUAUCUCUGUAGAGAGUUCUUGGAGAUUUUUUUUUUUUUUUUACACCAGCAUACUUGCCCUCUUUGGGUCACAGAAGAUUGCUAGCAUUGGGGGUUUACCUGUACUGUGUAUUUAUUAAUUGUGAUUGAGUACUUUUAAGUUUUAUAAUAUGUAUACGCAUAAUCAGUUCUUGUUUUGCCAAAAAAUGCUUUCCAAAAUAUGGGUUUUCUUAUUUACGAUGUCAGCUAGAGCCAAAAAUUGGCACAUCAUGCUUGUUAGUUUCAGCCGGUGAGAAAUUUGGUACAUCAAGUACAAACUUGUCCAGUUUUCAAUUCCAAACCUUUGUCAAAUUCAUGGUUGCAUGAUUGAUGCAUGCACAGCAAAACAUUAAUUUUUGACAUUGUUUCAUUUUCUUCAACAAAAGACCAAUUUACAUAACUUAAAAAAAGGGUAAGAAAAUACAUGUAACUUAAAAAUAAUAUACAUUUCCUUUCUUUAAGUUCCAUCAUGAGGUCACAUAGUAUUACAUCUUUCUGAUUGUUGAGUGUUGGAUUUUCUUUUGUACAUGUAUCAAAUUCAUCCAUGAAUUGGCUCACAGGAGGCAAUGACUAUGAUCGAUAAGAGUGCAGUCAGACCCUUCAAAGUAUUAUUGUACACUGUAGCAUCCCAUCAACACUGUAGCCAGUUUCAAAUAGUAAGUUGUUCGUAAUUAAAUUUUUAUACCAUCUGGAAUAUUAAGAUAAAAAGAACUGCUGGUAAAUGAAAUUAUAAGCACCACUUUAUGGACAGCUCAUUAUUACAGACAGUUUUCUUUGUCCACAGAGAACCCAAACAGUGUAUUAGCUAAGAAAUAAUAAUUUAGAUGUACAUGUAGUAACACUGUAUUAGCUUAUAAGAUAGUUAUCUUGAGGUGUAACUGUCGCAUCCGACUCGCCUGACAAGCAAGCAUUUGACACUGGCAAUGUUAACGAUCUCUGAUUCAAAUCCCUUGUAAAACGAAUCAUAAAGAAACAGGAACACAGGUUCUUACAUCUUAUGUUAUUAGCUACUACAGCAUAAAUGCAUCUUAGAAUUAUUCCAUUGGCUAAUACAGCAUUUGAGUUCACUGUGUCCAGUCUUUGGGCCGUAGCAAAAGGGGACUGCUCUACAAUGUACACUGUAGCUGUAAGCAAAGUACCAAGCUUUUUGAGAAAAAUCCACUUUUCAGCAUAAAACAACCAAAUCUGGCUAUUUAAUGCAAAAUCAGGUGAAAAAGUCAGCAAAAGGCGAUUUGUAGGUUUUUUGAUUAAGGGAUAGGUAGCAUGAUGGUCAUGGACCGCUUGCAUGUGUAUAUCCAACAGUGUUUAUUUACUGUGCAAUAUCAGGGCUGUCAAAAAGUUUUUAAGUAGCAGGCUCAUAAUAAAAUAAUAGUAGGCGGCUUUGGAACUCGCACCAAAGGAUUUUGUUAGAGUCUCAGUAAUGUCCCAGACCUUCCACGACAUUGCACCGUUCUAAUGUUUCACAGAUCUAAUUACUGUUUAAAUAUGCAUUCAAUGUGAUUCAAACCUGGGAAAAACCUUACAGGAGUUUAAAGUUUGGAGUAAACUUUUAGUCUUCAUGAAAUUUUAGUUGGAUCAUGUUGAUGAAUGCAGUUGUGUAGGAUAUGCAGUUUCCUAUUUUGAUCUUCUGUCAGAAUUAUGAGAGAACUCUCAAAUACAGAUCUCAUUCAAACAUUAUAGUUUCAUUGUAAUUAUCAUUUGUUUCUUUUCCUAUAAACUUCUCAUCAGGUCUACAUUUUGCAUGAAUUUAAUGUGAUAUAUAUUUGAAGCGGUUGUUGGUUUACAGUGAAGUAUUUUUCACUUUUUUUUUUUUUAUAUGAAGUUGAGUUUCUUCUUAGUUGUUGGCUAAGGCAGUGUUGAAGUAGUGACAUGCUAACAUACUUUAUUGUUCAUUUCUCUUCAGAAAAGAUUGAUUGAUCCUGAAUCAAACAAAGUGCAGCUUCACAAACAAGAUUUUUGAAGAACAAAUGUGUAUUCAAGCAAAGUAUAUGUCCCUGACAGUGUCAAUAAAAUUUAUUAAUGGAAAGAUCUGGGUUUUUACUCCUUUGUAGCACUUUUGACUACUCAUCACUUUUCUAACCUAUAUAGUAAAAAGAUCAUAUAGUAUAAUCAGUAUUUUUUCCAACUAACAUAUUUGCAAUCAAAGUUCUCUUCUUUUAUAUAUAGUAUUGCCCUAAUUUUAAAAAUUUCAUUAUCUUAUUCAGAUCAAGCACAGUAACCAUUGAAAAGAAAAAAAGAAAAAAAAAACCUGCUCGGUCAUAGACGGCUUUAAAGUUUUGAUAUUAAAAUUGCAAUGAAAAGAACAUGAAUGCAGACACUACAGUUCAUUUAGCUCAUGUUCAAGCUUUUUUUAUAAAUUAGAAAGUCUUGCUGGAGAAGACAUAAUUUUGCUUUAUCUUUUCGGUAAAAAAAGUAAUAAAAUAACUUCCAGGUGUCUAAGCAAUUUCAAAGGACCCAUAGUGUCUUAUUUCUCCGCUGCAUAGAGCUGUGAACAAAGGCCGUUCUUUCUAGUGACCCGGCUUUCAUCAAAAAUAUUGUUGUCCUUCGUGAUCGUGAAGAGUGCAAAGUUGAAUCCGGUAAACCGGCCAAAACGCGAGCAUCGCAGGGAACGAAUCCCAUAGGAAUAGGUGAAAAAGGAUAAUAAAAAGUCUAGGCUAUUCUAAAAAUAUCCGUAUAUGCAUUUGCAACUCAUAUUAAGCCGCAAUUUCACUUCUUUCCACUGGAAUAAACAAACGAUGGAUGUAUUGCCGCCAUUUUGAAUUUGGCAAUGUCACGUGGUCGCGCGUCGACCAAUCAGACAAUUUUCGCCGGUGAAGCGCAAAAGCAAGUAUUUAUUCUGGCCAAUCGCAACGGAGGCAGGCAAUCAAAUGAACCUAUCAAAAUGCGAAGGUACCCCAGGCGCGGGAGCGCGAGAAAACGCGCGUAUGCGAAGUUCUGUAAGCCAAUUAGUACCCCCCAACAAUGCAAAGUGAAAGAAAAACUGUGAAAGUAAUGAGAAUCUAUGCCCAAAACAACCCCUUAAAGCGAAUGGAAAAUUGUUUCCAGUUAUUCAAAACUAAUGUUAGUUAAUUUGUUCUCCUUGUGUUUUUGUCAGGAAAAGGUUCUUCCAGGAUGUUCGGGUCCUCUGUGUCCAUUAAACAAGUAAGUUAUGAAAGUUAUGCUAACAAGUUUAAUCAUCCGCAAAGCAAGACAAAAUGACUUUCCCAGGCACUAAAAGAGGGUCUUCUUGUCUUUCAGAUUCAAGGAGUUGGUCUCCGAGUAUUUUAUAGACAACUGGGAAGAAGAAUGUAAAGUUACUUUGACAAAUUAAAAUGACUUGAGUGCGCACCGUUAAAGAGUGAAGUAAAUGCACAUAACAAUGAAUAAUCAGUAAAAAAUAACGAUGUAGAGGUAGCACAUCCACUCCGUGGUUCUUCGUCUACCUGAUUCCUGGUCGAAUUGGAAUUUGGAAGUGUCGGUGAAACAGUUAGGUUUCCUGUUCAAUUUGUCGAAGGUUAUCAGUGACAUGCAAUGAUGGUGUUGGCGAUGAUGGCGAUGUUGAUUACCGGGACACAAAUAAGGCUUGUAAUGAAAAGAAUGGUAAAGGUAAUGACGGCCAUCUUAGUAUUGUUGGGUGA